AUGUCUGCGACGUUAUUACGGGUUGUUUCUUCCCCUAGCUUAGAGGUAUCCAAUUCGACUGGUUUACUUGAUUCUUUUGGGGUUGUGAAGCUUGUAGAUUCGUCAAGGUUCUUGUGUAGGGACUUUGUGUCAAUUAGAGCAAGAAAGAAUGAUAUGAAAAAGAGAUGGAGGUCUUGUUCUUUGAGUACAGAUAUGAAGUAUGCAUGUGUUGGUCAGUCUGGUUUAGCGAGUGCUAGUAACUCUCCUUUAUUAACGAAUGUGCUCGGAAGCGCAGCAGUAGGAGAAGUAGCUGUAUCAUCUGAGCAGAAGGUCUAUGAUGUGGUGCUCAAGCAGGCUUCUUUGGUUAAGAGGAAGCUGAGCUCUACUGGUGAACUUGAGGUGAAACCUGAAAUUGUUUUGCCUGGGAAUUUGAGCUUGUUGAGUGAAGCCUAUGAUCGAUGUGGAGAAAUUUGUGCAGAAUAUGCUAAAACGUUUUACUUGGGAACUCUUCUAAUGACUUCCGAAAGGCGAAGAGCUAUCUGGGCGAUAUAUGUGUGGUGUAGGAGGACAGAUGAACUUGUUGAUGGCCCCAAUGCAUCACAUAUUACAGCAGCUGCUAUGGACAGGUGGGAAUCAAGAUUGGAAGAGCUUUUCCAAGGGCGUCCUUUUGAUAUGCUUGAUGCUGCUUUAUCAGAUACGGUUGCCAAAUUUCCUGUUGAUAUCCAGCCAUUUAAGGAUAUGAUAGAAGGAAUGAGAAUGGAUCUAAAGAAAUCAAGAUACAAAACUUUUGAUGAAUUAUAUCUCUACUGUUACUAUGUUGCUGGAACUGUUGGUUUAAUGAGUGUUCCAGUCAUGGGAAUUUCAACGCAGUCGCAAGCCACAACUGAGAGUGUAUACAAUGCUGCCUUGGCCUUAGGAAUUGCGAAUCAGCUAACCAACAUACUCAGAGACGUUGGAGAGGAUGCUAGAAGAGGAAGGGUGUAUCUACCACAAGAUGAGUUGGCUCUGGCAGGGCUUUCAGACGACGAUAUAUUUGCUGGUAAGGUCACAGACAAGUGGAGGAAUUUCAUGAAGAGCCAAAUUAAAAGAGCGAGAAUGUUUUUUGACGAGGCGGAAAAAGGAGUGAUGGAGCUUAAUGAAGCUAGCAGAUGGCCGGUGUGGGCGGCAUUGCUAUUGUAUAGGCAGAUAUUGGACGAAUUAGAAGCUAAUGAUUACAACAAUUUUACUAAGAGGGCUUAUGUGAGCAAAACCAAGAAGUUUCUUUCUUUACCACUUGCAUAUGCUAGAUCUAUGGUUCCUCCAGCAAGAAAGUUAUCUCAUGAAAUGAAGGCAUAG